AUGGCCACUUCUCCCUCCACAACCCAUGAUUCUGCUCCAUUAGACUCCAUUCUUAUCAUCGGGGCAGGCGUCUUUGGACUAUCAACGACCCUCUCCCUGCUCGCCUCCGGCUACGCCCACACCACAAUCACCCUCCUAGAUCCCUAUCUCCCCACGUCCGACACCCUACCCCCAUCCCCAUCCCCAUCCCCAUCCCCAUCCCCAUCCCCGUCCCCAUCCCCGUCCCCAUCCCCGUCCCCAUCCGCCCCACCACAAAACCCACACGCCGCCUCCAUCGAUUCCUCCCGCAUCAUCCGCCCCGAUUACGCUCUGCCACCGUACGCAAAGCUCGCCUCGCGGGCCCAGAGCGAAUGGAGGAGAGGAUACGGCGGAGAGGGGGUGUAUAGGGAGAGUGGUGUUAUACUGUCGGCGGAGAAGGGGGGGAGCGAGUAUGUGGGCAGCGCGAUGGGCAAUGCGGAGGUUCUGGGCUACAGGGUUGAGGGGUUGGGGAGCAAGGAGAGUGUGCGGAGGGUGUUGGGGACGGGCGGGGAAGGUGGGGAGAGCGGGUAUGUGAAUUGGGGGAGCGGAUGGGCUGACGCUGGGAGAGCUAUGGAUCGGUGUAUGAGAAUGGUGAUGGAGGGGGCGAGGGAGAGGAUGGGGACGGAGGGGAGGGGAACGGGACGGGUGGUGUUCAAGAGGGGGAGGGCGAGGAGGUUGAUCUUUCGAGAUGGCGAGGGAGAGGGGAAGAGGAGGGUCGUUGGCGCUACAUUGGACGACGGCUUCGAAGUCCUCGCGGACCUGACCAUCGUCGCCGCCGGCGCCUGGAGCGGUGCCCUGGUCGAUCUUCGCGGAAGGGCGGAAGCCCGAGGGCAAGUCCUGGCUUACAUCUCCCUAACCGAUGAAGAGAGGGAAAGACUGGAGGACAUGCCUGUCGUUCUGAACCUCAGCACAGGCAUGUUUGCAAUCCCGCCUAUAGACAACGUGUCUGCCCCACCGCCCGGUCAGGAGACGAGGCCGAGAGAUUGGGUGCUCAAGGUUGCGAGACAUGCUUUUGGAUAUGCGAAUCCGACGGUGGUGGCGCCUGAGGGGGACGAUAUCGUCAUCAGCUUGCCCGCAACGACGUUUUCUCCCAUACCAGCAGAAGGAGAGGAAGCAUGCCGUUCCUUUUUGCAGAAGACGAUCCCCUGGCUCGGCGACCGCCCCUUCAGCAGCACGAGGAUAUGCUGGUACACGGAUACUCCGACUGGUGAUUUUCUGAUCGAUUACCAUCCGGAAUACGAGGGGCUUUUCCUUGCUACGGGUGGUAGUGGACAUGGGUUCAAGUUUUUACCUGUGCUGGGGGAUAAGAUCGUCGCUGCGGUUCAGGGAGCUUUGGAGGACGAGUUGGCGGGGCUGUGGAGGUGGCCGAGGGAGAAAGUGCUGCCGUUCAGGGGGUGUGAGGAUGGGAGUCGGAUGGGCGAUAGGGAGAUGAUUCUGGAUGAGGAAUGGGCGAAGGGGAAGAGGAAGGGUGAGAGGGUGAGGAGUAGUAGGCUAUGA